AGCAACUGAGUUUCUGGUUUCUUUUUAUAUGAGUAUUGUUUAAUUUGUUUGAUGACGCAAGAAAAGGGAACAAAAAAUGGAACUGCGAAUCCCAGAAAGCAGUGACGUGAAUUAGAAGCUUGAGAUGAGAUAAAAUAGCAAUCUGACACGUGUCCAAUCAUGUCUCUCAUGUAUGCCUGCCUUAUCCCAUGUCCAUUCUUACACCCCCAUGCACACACGCAAAGAUAAAAGGCUCGCAAUUAUAACCAUGGAGAGCCCCCUCUCCUCUCCCCACCGCCUUAAGUCUUCUUUCUUUGUUUUCCCUUAGCCAUGAGAGUUCAUGUUAAACCUACACAAAACAACAAUCAAGGUUCUAACUCAUGCUAUGAGCCAACCUCUGUUCUUGAUCUUCGCCGGAGUCCAAGCCCUGUACCUGAAAAAUCCGCCACUGCAAUCGACGCUUCCGCUGUAAAAGACCCUCCUCCUCCGCCUGAGUGGGACGAGCAUGUCCUGCGAGUCAUGGAUUGGGAUUCAAUCAUGAGGGAGCUGGGCUUAGAUGACGACUCUGUUCCUAAUUUCAAGACUAAUCCUCAGUUGCCUCGCUGUGAGCAGCAAGUUCAACAGCAAUUUACUGAUUUAGGUCCUUGUCAGCCAUUUGAUUCCACUGCAAUCCUUCAGUCUGAUUUGAAUUUUAAUGUUCCUGACAUGAACCUUAAUCAGAAUCAAAGUCCAAAUAUUUUUUUCGAUUUUCCUGCUAACAAUUUCCAAAACACUGCUGCCAAUUUGAACGUGGGGUUUGAUUGUAUAGAGGAGCUAAUCAGAGCGGCAGACUGCUUCGACUCGAACGAGUUACAGCUUGCUCAGAUGAUAUUGGCGCGGCUUAAUCAAAGGCUGAAGUUACCAUUCGGUAGACCUCUUCAGAGAGCCGCGUUCUUCUUCAAAGAAGCUCUCGACUCACUCCUCACCGGGUCAACUCGGCCAACUCGCAUCUCUUCCAUUCCGGAAAUUAUACAAUCCAUCAGAGCGUACAAGGCCUUCAGUACGAUCUCCCCCAUCCCCAUGUUCACCCAUUUCACAUCAAACCAAGCUCUUCUUGAAUCGCUCGAAGGAUCACCACCGUUGGUUCACAUCAUAGAUUUUGACAUCGGAUUCGGCGGCCAGUACGCCUCUUUCAUGAGAGAAUUAGCAGAAAAAGCGCAGUCCUGUAAUAAAACGAUGAACCCGACAUCUCUUCGAAUCACCGCUAUAGUACCCGAAGAAUUCAUCACCGAAACAAGACUGAUCAAAGAUAUUCUUAUUCACUUCGCUCAAGAACUCAGAAUCAGGUUCCAAAUCGAGUUUGUGCUUACCCGUACUUUCGAAAUGUUAUCUUUCAAAGCAGUGAAGUUCAUCGAUGGUGAAAGAAUAGCCGUUGUUCUAUCUCCGACUAUAUUUCGCCGUCUUGGCACAACAAACAACGCUGUAGGGUUUGUCAACGAUGUGCGACAGCUCUCUCCAAGUGUGGUGGUGUUCGUAGAUAAUGAAGGGUGGACGGAGUUUGGCGCAACGGUGUCUUUUCGGAGGAAUUUCGUGAAUUAUCUUGAAUAUUACUCGCUGGUGUUUGAAUCGCUUGAUGCAGCGACGGGUGGUGGUGAGUGGGCGAGGAAAAUAGAAAUGUAUUUGCUGAAACCGAAGAUAAUUGCGGCGGUUGAGGGAGCGUUGAGGCGCGUGGCGCCAUGGAAAGAGUUGUUUUCAGGGGCGGGAAUGAGGGCGGUGCAUCUGAGUCAGUUCGCCGAUUUUCAGGCUGAAUGUUUGUUGGGGAAGGUGCAGGUGAGAGGGUUCCAAGUGGCUAAACGCCAGGCUGAGCUGGUGCUUUGCUGGAAUCAGUGGGCCCUCGUUGCCACGUCAGUAUGGCAAUGUUAGAUAGGGGUAAAAUGGGUACUGUACUUAGCUAAUAUUUUCUGGGGGUUAAUGUCACGUUUCCUAAGUCCUAGACAAUUUAUUUGGGGAAAUUAUAUAUGAGCAUAAAGGGAACUUCUCUAAUUAUUAAAUCAA